AGGAGUGGACUAGGGUCGCCGGGGAAGCGGGUGAGUGGUUCCCUGCCUCUGGAACGAGGAGCGCGGCGCGUGGUCGCGGCAUGGAGCCGAAUGGGAGUGAGAGGUAGACGCGCUCCGGGCGCGCGGCCGCGCCCCUCACUUCCGCCCGCGGUCUGGGCCGCUCGCCGCAAACCCGCAAGUCCCUCGCCGCCUUGGGGUCUGGGCGCCCGGCGCCGUGGGGGCAGCAGGGCGGAGCGGCUUUUCCAGGAGAAAGAGCACCCACGGUUUGGGAGAGCCCAUGGUGACUGCGUGAGUGGAGCCCAGCUGUGUGGAUGCCCCAGCAUGGAUGACUACAUGGUCCUGAGAAUGAUUGGGGAGGGCUCCUUUGGCAGAGCUCUUUUGGUUCAGCAUGAAAGCAGUAAUCAGAUGUUUGCCAUGAAAGAAAUAAGGCUUCCCAAGUCCUUCUCUAAUACACAGAAUUCUAGGAAGGAGGCUGUUCUUUUAGCCAAAAUGAAACACCCUAAUAUUGUUGCCUUCAAAGAAUCAUUUGAAGCUGAAGGGCACUUGUAUAUUGUGAUGGAAUACUGUGAUGGAGGGGAUCUAAUGCAAAAGAUUAAACAGCAAAAAGGAAAGUUAUUUCCUGAAGACAUGAUACUUAAUUGGUUUACCCAAAUGUGCCUUGGAGUAAAUCACAUUCACAAGAAACGUGUUCUACACAGAGAUAUCAAGUCCAAGAAUAUCUUCCUCACUCAGAGUGGAAAAGUGAAAUUGGGAGACUUUGGAUCUGCCCGUCUUCUCUCCAAUCCGAUGGCAUUUGCUUGUACCUAUGUGGGAACACCUUAUUAUGUGCCUCCAGAAAUUUGGGAAAACCUGCCUUAUAAUAAUAAAAGUGACAUCUGGUCCUUGGGAUGCAUCCUGUAUGAACUCUGUACCCUUAAGCAUCCAUUUCAGGCAAAUAGUUGGAAAACUCUUAUCCUCAAAGUAUGUCAAGGGUGCAUCAGUCCACUGCCGUCUCAUUACUCCUAUGAACUUCAGUUCCUAAUCAAGCAGAUGUUUAAAAGGAAUCCCUCACAUCGCCCCUCGGCUACAACGCUUCUCUCUCGAGGCAUCGUAGCUCGCCUUGUCCAGAAGUGCUUACCCCCCGAGAUCAUCAUGGAAUAUGGUGAGGAGGUAUUAGAAGAAAUAAAAAAUUUGAAGCAUAAUAUACCAAGAAAAAAAACAAACCCCAGCAGAAUCAGGAUAGCUUUGGAAAAUGAAGCAAGCACAGUGCAAGAGGAAGAACAAGGUAGAAAGGGUAGCCAUACUGAUUUGGAAAGCAUUAAUGAAAAUUUAGUUGAAAGUGCAUUGAGAAGAGUAAACAGAGAAGAAAAAGGUAAUAAGUCAGUCCAUCUGAGGAAAGCCAGUUCACCAGAUCUUCACAGACGACAGUGGGAGAAAAAUGUAUCCAAUACAGCUCUUACAGCUUUGGAAAAUGCAUCCAUACUCACCUCCAGUUUAACAGCAGAGGACGAUAGAGGUGGUUCUGUAAUAAAGUACAGCAAAAAUACUACUCGUAAGCAGUGGCUCAAAGAGACCCCUGACACUUUGUUGAACAUCCUUAAGAAUGCUGAUCUCAGCUUGGCCUUUCAAACAUACACAAUAUAUAGACCAGGUUCAGAAGGGUUCUUGAAAGGCUCCCUGUCUGAAGAAACAGAAGCAUCGGACAGUGUCGAUGGAGGUUACGAUUCUGUCAUUUUGGAUCCAGAGCGACUUGAGCCUGGGCUAGAUGAGGAGGACACGGACUUUGAGGAGGAGGAUGACAACCCUGACUGGGUGUCAGAGCUGAAGAAGCGAGCUGGAUGGCAAGGCCUGUGCGACGGAUGAUGCCUGAGGAAAUGUUCCUGAGUCACGCUGAGGAGAGGCUUCAUUCACCCAGGAGUUCAUGUUGCGAUGAUCAUGAGUUCGUGCGACGUAUAUUUUCCUUUGGAAACAGAAUGAAGCGGAGGAAACUCUUAAUACUUAAAAUUGUUCUUGAUUAGUAUCAUGAGUUUGAAAAGUCUAGAACUCCUGUAAGUUUUUGAACUCAAUGGAGAAGGUAUAGUGGAAUGAGUGUGAGCAUCGGGCUUUGCAGUCCAUAGAACAGAAAUGGAAUGCUAGCCUGCCACUACCUACUUGUGUGAUUGUGAGAAAUUACUUAACCUCUUCGAGUCCCAAUUUCCUCAACCAUAAAAAGAAGAUAAUAAUGCCUACCUCAGAGGGAUGCUGACCACAGACCUUUAUAGCAGCCCGUAUGUUAUUAUUCACAUUAUGAUUUGUGUUUAUUAUUAUGUGACUCUUUUUACAUUUUCUAAAGGUUUGAGAAUUAAAUAUAUUUAAUUAUGAUAUA